AAGUAAACAUGGAGAUAAUACGAGCUCCUUACAAGAGGACUAGAGUGAUAGCUUCACAGGGAGAAGAGUUGGAGCAACACAUCGUUACUCCUGGUGACGUCAUAACACAGAAUCUGGAUUUUAUGAAGUCUCACGGAACUGCUUUGAGUCACGAUCACAUCUGUGCUACAGUUGCUGGUGCUGUAUACAAGGUAGAUAAGUUGGUUAGUGUGAAAGGAGUAAACAACAGAUACAGAGGAGAGAUAGGAGAUGUGGUGGUGGGGAGGAUAACUGAAGUUCAGCAGAAAAAGUGGAAGGUGGACUGUGGUUCCAGAUUAGACUGCCAACUACAGCUGAGUUCAGUGUACUUACCUGGAAACGUUCUGCGGAGGAAGACCCUUAAUGAUGAGCUGAUGAUGAGGGAGUAUUUCACUGAGGGGGACCUCGUCUGUGCUGAGGUAUCAGAUGUAGGGAAUAUAGACGGUAUGUUAAAGUUACACAUGAGGUCCAACAAGUACGGGAAACUACCUGAGGGGGUUCUCAUCAAGGUCCCCAGCGUGCUAAUAAAAAGAAGCAAGCUCCAUUUUCACAGAUUACCCUGUAACGCUACUGUGAUACUUGGGAACAAUGGGUUCGUGUGGGUUGGACCACAUUUCUCACCCGAUCAGCCGAAAGUUCAUCUUAUCAGCAAAGCGGCAGAUAAGGAUUAA